CCAACAAAGAGUUUGAUUGGGCUUAAGGCGAAUGACUUCUCUCCGACAGUAAACUGCUAGCGAGUUUGACGAUCAUCACAGGACCACGACAGGCCAAUCCUGUCGUCGCCAUGUCUCUCCGUAAAACCCUAACCGCAUUAAGCCGAGCUUCGUCGCCACCGGAUUCCUCAAUCACCGCCGUCAAUCUCGAAGCUGCAGAGCCCUCUCGUUCUUCACAAAUCACUUUCCGACCCCGUAAAAUCCGGAAAGUUUCGUUAGAUGAUCUGAAUCCGUCGCCGACGACGAUCACCGCGUCUCCACUAUCCUCGAAGUCGACGGUUGAUAUCGCGCUCCGCCACCUCCUAAUCUCCGACGAACUCCUCGGAGGAGUAAUCUCGGCUCACAACACUCCCCCCGUGUUCGAAUCAACCAGCACACCGUUCCUCUCCCUAGCGAGAUCCAUCCUCUACCAACAGCUCGCCACCAAAGCAGCGAAGUGCAUCUACGAUCGUUUCAUCUCUCUGUUCCCCGGCGGAGAAUCAGGUGUCCUCCCUGACUCCGUCAUCUCAGUCUCCGCCGUGGAUCUUCGUGAGAUCGGCGUCUCCGGGAGAAAAGCGAGCUACCUCCACGACUUAGCCGGAAAAUACAAAAGCGGCGAGCUUUCCGAUGAGACGAUUCUCGAAAUGAGCGAUGGAGAGCUGAUCGACCGGUUAACUUCGGUUAAGGGAAUUGGAGUGUGGACGGUUCACAUGUUCAUGAUAUUCUCGCUUCACAGGCCUGAUGUGUUGCCUGUGGGGGAUCUCGGCGUGAGGAAAGGCGUGAAGGAUCUUUACGGUUUGAAAAAUCUUCCUGGUCCGUUGCAGAUGGAGCAGCUUUGUGAGAAGUGGAGGCCUUACAGGUCCGUUGGUUCAUGGUACAUGUGGAGACUCAUCGAGUCUAACAAGACAUCUAAGACCAAGUUGUCUAAAUAGCUACAAGCAACCACAACAAUGUUCACAUGUCAGGUUCUGUCAAUCUUCCCUAAUCCAUGAACCUCGUUUUCAAUUUUCUUGAUGUUUCUUCUAUAUCUAGCAUAUGAUUGGUUGUAAUUGAUCUUGGGGAUCAUUACAUAAUACAUACUCAAGACACACUUCUUCUUGGUCGGUCAGGACAGCUAAUCUCUCUCACCUUGUGAUGAAGAAGCUAUUCCACGCCCAUCAACCACUUGUUGUUGCAUCUUCGCUUCUCUUCCAAGCUUCACUUGCUGGAAAAUCUUGAGUUUCGUUUUCCUGUCUUUGCGCAAUUUCGAAGAGCACGUGAGAGGAAAAUGCAUUUGUGCUUUUAACACACUGUGGUGGUUGUAACUUGUGUACUACUGUAGAAAUACAUUAUCAAAACUAGUUUCAUUUUGCUUGGGUUCAUUGUAACACUAUUGGACUUCGGCCGAUGUCUCCAGUGACCCAAUUAAAUUAAUCAGAAAGCUUGGAUCUGACUGCCAUGUCAUA